UUUUAAAUAAACCAGUUGACAAAAUUUUUUGCGUGAACUGUGCUCAAAAUGUUACCACAAACACUAGUUGCAUUCUUCGCCAUCAUUGGUUUGGCAUUGGCUGGAACAGAAAUCUUAAAUCCAGUCGAAAAUAAUGGACCAACACCAUUCACUGAAACCGGUGUUCAACCGGAACAAACACGUGCCAAACGGUUCCUUGGUACUAAACUAUUGUUGGGUGCUGGAGCAGCUGGUUUAGCUGGAGCAGCUAUUGGAGGUGGUUUAGUAGCUAAAAAAGCUUUGGUAUUAGGAGGCUUAGGAGCUGCUGCAUAUGGUGCCAAAUCUUACGGAGGUUAUGGAUACGGAAGUGGAUAUGGUUAUGGACAUGGAAGUUAUGGAGGUAGCUAUUAUGCACCAUCUCAAGUUCAUCACUACCAUCACUCUUACCCAUCAUCUGUAACAUACGUUAGUACUCCAGUAGUAUAUGGAGGUUAUGGUCAUGGAGGUUAUGGAAGCAGUUAUGGUUACUCUUCAGGUUAUUCAUCAGGCUAUGCAUCUGCCUACGGCCAUGGUGGAGUUUGGUAAAACUAUUCAUGUACAAAUUUUUUUUAAAUGCAGGGUCAAUAAU